AAUUGCAAACGGGACUUAAAUAAUUAUGUUUUUAACACUAACCUCAGACGUUUCAAGGACCGCAUUGUCCCCGUGGUCUCGGAGUCUGCUCGGAGAGCAGUGUUAAAAACUUUGCAAUAAAAUUUUAAAUAUGUGUAAAUCAGUGAGACUGCAACGUAUACGAAAAUUGCACGCUGCACUGUUGUCGCACUUUUCAUGCAAGUUGGCAUGCAAUCCAAUAUGCAUCGGCCCUUAAAGUUAGGUGAAAAUUUUAUGCCAAAUAAUAGGAAAUAUAAGCGGCGUGCAGCAGUGGCACGGUCACAAGUUUUAUAAGUAUUUUUUUGACUUAUGGCGACAACGAUGAAGUUCAACGAGUUGUUUCUGGCAAAAGAGUUUGCCCACUCGCUUCGCUACCGCCGCCGCAAAGUCAACUCUAUGUGGUUUUAAAUCCCGCGCUUUACCUACCGGCAAGGUCGCUUUGCCAGACUAUACACGAAACACCAUAAUAAGAUGCAACUGCUUUUUACGUGUCUUGAACAAGUUCCAAACUUUGGUUUGACAUUCCGAACUGUCAUUACUGUCAUAUCUUAUAUGGCGGUCUAGCCUAUCGUUGGGUCAGGGUCGUAGGUUAUAAAUAAAACGUGGAGCGAUCAUUCUAAUCAAAGCCGAUUACCGACACGUAUAAAAGAAUAAUCUGUUUGCAGACAAAUAAUCACAAUGAAUUGGGAUCUGGAGUACGGAGAAUUAUCGAAGGAUAAAGACUUCGUUAAUAACUGCGAAGACCUCAAGCAAAAUUUGAUAGAGGUGCAAGGAGUUUUAGAUCAGCUGCUGCCGCUAAAAGAGCAUUAUGACAAGCUGACCUUGCCUGCACAGAUCGAGCUAGAUUUAUUCCUCGCGUUCACACUAAAUUCUCUUCACUGGAUUCAUUUGAGAAUACAAGGCGUCGACCCAAUGAAGCAUCCAAUCAGAGAUGAGUUGCAAAGAAUAAAAGCUACAAUGGUUAAGUGGCAGGAAGUAAAAGAUCGAGAUAAACGACCUACUGUGGACUUAGAAGCAGCUAAAAGGUUUGUCAGAAGCGGUCUCUAUGAUCCUUACAGAGCGACGGGACAGCCACUAAAUAAAAAGAUAAAAUUCGACGAUUAAAUUGUAAGUAGGCUCCUAAUAUGUAAGACUGAGUGUUGAUUAUUGAUUUAUAAGUCUAGUCCUAAGUUUCUGAUAAUGGUUAUUUAAUUUUAGGGAAUGCACUAUUGAACUCUUAAACCAUGUUUUGUGUUGUGUUAUGGCAUUUAGUUUUGUGGUUUGGAAAAGGUAGCAUGAUCUAUGUGUAGAAUGUGAAAUAUUAAUGAAUAUUUUCUAUAAAAGUUCAAUGGAAGACAGUUCACACCUGUGCCGGUUUACACGACCAUAGUGAUGCAGAAAACAAUCUCUUUUUAUUAAUGUACAAUUUUACCAAUAUUCAUGUAACUUGUUUUGACAAAAGAAAAAUUGGUCACUUACUUUUGUUGAACUAUUGGUCACAUAUACAAAUUUUUCACUCAAAAUGAAGGUGUGAUUAACUGCUUUACAUUGGUAGGUGAACCUAGUGUUUAAUAGUGAUGAAGAAUACCUUUAAUGACAUUUUCGAAGAAGUUCUAUGACAUAUAGUGUAAUUAGAAAUGGUUUUAUAUAUAAAUUCAAGAUAUGAAGCCAUUUUAUAUCAUAGUAAGAAACCAAUUUUAUUAUACUGUUAUCAUAAUAUUCAUAAUCUACUGUACAUAAUUUACUCUUAUGGUUUGACUCAUUAAAUGGAUUGUAUUGUAUUGUGUAAAAGUUUGAAGUACCUUUGAUCUGAUGAUAAUAUAGAAAUGUCACCGUUGCUUCACAACCUCUGAAUACUCUGUGUAAUGUCAGUAUCAACGU